AUGGCGCUGUACCUGCUCUUCGAGUCGGCGUCGGGGUACGCUCUGUUCCACGCGUACGGCAUCGAUGAGAUUGGGCAGAGCGUGGACGCCGUCCGCGCGUCCGUGCUGGACCUGCAGCGCUUCGGCAAGGCCGUCAAACUCACCGGCUUCUCCCCCUUCUCCUCCGCCGUCGACGCGCUCAACCAGUGCAACGCCAUCUCCGAAGGGAUCAUGACCGACGAGCUGAGGAACUUCCUGGAGCUCAACCUGCCCAAGGUGAAGGAGGGAAAGAAGGCCAAGUACAGUCUCGGUGUCACGGAGCCCAAGGUCGGGUCCCACAUCACCGAGGCCACGGGGAUCCCCUGCCAGAGCAAUGAGUUCGUCCAGGAGCUGCUCCGAGGAGUGCGGCUGCACUUCGAUCAGUUCAUCGACCAACUCAAGGAAUCUGACCUGGAGAAGGCUCAGCUAGGCCUGGGGCAUAGUUAUAGCAGGGCCAAGGUCAAGUUCAAUGUGAACCGUGUGGAUAAUAUGGUGAUUCAAGCUAUCUUUCUGUUGGACACACUCGAUAAGGAUAUCAAUUCCUUCUCCAUGAGAGUGAGGGAGUGGUAUUCGUGGCAUUUUCCAGAGCUAGUCAAAAUUAUAAAUGACAAUUACCUCUAUGCUAAGAUUGCCAAGUUUGUGGUAAACAAAUCUGAUUUAGCAGAAAAAGACAUUCCAGCUUUAGCAGAUCUAAUUGGAGAUGAGGAUAAGGCGAAAGAAAUUGUUGAAGCAGCAAAGGCAUCUAUGGGCCAGGAUCUUUCACCAGUUGAUUUGAUCAAUGUCCAACAGUUUGCCCAAAGGGUCAUGAAUCUAUCCGAAUACCUCUUUCCAAUCUUGCCAAGUGCGCUGCCUCCACUCUUCAAAUACUUGGCGCUGAAAAGGGCACUUUUCAGAGCUCUGAAAACUCGUGGAAAUACACCAAAGUAUGGCCUCAUAUUCCACUCAUCAUUCAUUGGUCGUGCAUCAGCUAAGAACAAGGGUCGAAUGGCUCGAUACCUGGCAAACAAGUGUUCCAUUGCUUCACGCAUUGAUUGUUAUUCAGAGUUGAAUACAUCCAUUUUUGGACAGAAGCUGCGUGAACAAGUUGAGGAGAGACUAGACUUCUAUGACAAGGGUGUUGCACCUCGUAAGAACCUUGAUGUGAUGAAAGCUGCCAUUGAGGGUAUUAAUGCGGUUUCGGAGGCUGUUGAUGGUAAUGAGAAGAAUGAUGUGUCUGCUAAGAAAGGCAAGAAAAAGAAGUCUAAAGCUCAGGCUGAGGGUGAAGCAAUGGAUGUUGAUAAGCUUGCCACUGGAGAAGAUGAACGUCAAUCUGAGAAGAAAAAGAAGAAGCACAAGCGUGAGGAGCCACAGGAUGAAGAGAUGGCCACUGAGCCACUCAGUGAUGAUGUCAAACAAGAUGAGACUCCAAAGAAGAAGAAGAAAAAGAAGAACCGUGAGGCAUCUGAGGAUGUUGAACCUAAGACAGCCACUGAAGGGAAGAAGAAGAAGAAAAAGAAGAAUCGUGAGGCAUCUGAGGAUGUUGAACCUAAGACAGCCACUGAAGGGAAGAAGAAGAAGAAAAAGAAGAACAAAACCGUGGACAGUGAUGAGUAG